AUGAACCAGUGGCCCUCGGAAACACCCCUUAACCUCUGCUUAGAAGUCAUCAAGCCUCUUUGGUAUCCAUUUCAUCUCAUAUUCGAGCACCUACUGCACCCGGUUUGGUCCCACUUGUAUCCUUUAUCUGCUUAUCAUGAAGAACGGCGAGAGCAGACACGCCUCAAGGCUGCGGCCCAACGGCUGGAUGACGAAUUCACGCAGCUGCAAGUGAAAAAUCACCGUCCGAUCCCAGCCACAAAGACACCCACUUAUCCCUCGGGACCCCUCUUCACUAAAGUACCUUUUGAUAUCCGACGCCAAAUACUUAUUGAAGCGUUCGGGGCUCAGACAGUUCAUCUUGAUCUUGACGUGGUCGAGAGGACCAGGGGCCAAUGCAAGGUCAAAUCUUGGCAAUGGAUGAACUCGAAAGGCUGGAUCUACCGCACGAAGCCCUCGAUCGGAGACAUUCUCUUCACCGGGAAGCGCAGAGAGAUCCUCUCGCAUGCCCUAGAAGCAAGAGUAGACCCUCACACUCAGGGAAAUGUCCUGGAGAUUGUCAUGUUGGUGCUUCAGGUUGGCUAUUAUCGUGUCGGCAAGCGUGAGUUCACUCCCUUCAGUUUCGAGAUUCUUGGAAGCCAAUCGAGCGAGGCGCUAAUAAGAAUAUCGGCGUGCAGCUACGAAGAAUGCAUCGAGGUUCUAUACCGGACGAACACAAUCCAUAUCGAGUCACUCUCACUUCUUCGCGGUAUGCAUGAGUUUGUGGCCCCGUACAAGAUGACCCUCAUUACCUCCUUUGCGAUGACCAUUAGUCCAAAUCUCAUGAUAUUCGACGAAAUCUUUGCUGGUCUUUCUCCAAAGGCUUGCCCAAACCCAUUCAGGUUUCCUUCCUUAGCUCGGUUGCAUCUUAUUUGCGGGAUUAAAUACAGCCUGGUGUAUUUGAUUGACCGCUUGGUUCGGAGAAUCGCCUCAUCAAGAACAGAGGUUAAUGUGUUCUGUGCUUCUUGGGAGGUAUAUACAGCCGUCGAUCUCAGCCUGGCUGAGAAUCAAGGUGUCGACAAAACAAAAUUGCACUGGGCUGAUGUUGGUGGGCUACGAUGCUGGAGAGAGAUGGCACCGAAAGAAGAGGUCGACUCCGAUGCUUCACCUCGCGGGUACUGGAUUCACCUUUCCAGUCAACUCAUGCCCUCGGAUCAUGGUGAUUUCGUAUGUGAUGGUCGACGCAUUGGUCUCUAUAACUUGCGAGAUCACGAGCACAGACUGCAAAACAAGUUGAUCAAUGUAUCCGAAGCCGAGGAAGAUAGUGGCCCGGGUAGCUUCUAA